AUGUAUUCCACAUUUGCCGAGAAGACGCCCCUGCUUCCCAUCACCGAGCCCAGCCUCGAGAUUGCAGGCCGAGACCAGCGCCGCCGCGUAUGCAUCGAGUAUGGACUGCUCGUCGCGACGCUCCUCCUGACGAUAUUCCAAUUCUUUGUGCUCUAUAGCACAAGUAGCAGCGUGCCGGUAGCGCUGGAUGGCAGCUUUUCUGCCCUCGUCGCCCCCUUUGCCGGCGGACUGCGCACCUCGAUCCUCGCCAGUCUGCCGACCGCCGCCGUUCUCUUCGUCAUCGCGCCGUUUGUGGCACAGAAAGAGCAUGUCGUGAUGGCGCGAUACACCAUCCUCGUCUGCUACCUGGUGGGCUCGACGUUGGGCGCGCUGCUGCUCUAG